UAGCAGUCAGUCAGUUUUUGCCACAACUUGGUCGGGAGAGGAAGUGCUUCCUGGUGGAAAGAAUCCUUGUUGUGUGUAACCAUUGUGUGUAGUGAAGAGGAGGAUAUCGUGUCAGGAAGCCAAGUGUGGGCGAUUUUUGUGAUGAAAUGAGGUGUGAAAGGUAAUAUUUGUUGUGUCCAGAAAAGUGUUCAGGUGAUGCCGUCAGUGAUUGUGUUCCAUCAUUUCUGUUGGUGUCGUUCCUUGCAAGAGAUUUCGUUCUCUGCCCGUACAUCUCGUCCUUUGUCGAGUGUCGUCAGUGUUCGUCCAUACAAGCGUGGCCAAGAAUUGUGUGAAGUGGUGAAAUCUUGAGCACAAAGUGUCAGGAAGAAGCUAAAUUGUGUUGCUACAGUUCUUUGUCCUCGGCGACACGUUGAAGGCAAAUCUCAGAGAGAGAGUUUACAUUAUUUUUGUUGUACAAAAUAAAACACACCACACACGCGUGUCCUCCCCACCUGGAUCCUCGGGGGGAACAGCUGAGGGAUUUUCCAUCAUCUGCGGUGACGCACCUGUGCACACCGCCACCCCACAGAGCCCCUCCUCCUUCGGGGGAACUGUGGCUGCUGACAAUGCCUGUUGUGGCCGCGAGUGAACGGACUUAGGCAAGUUGGUGUUGAUUCCGGAGGGUGAUGUCAUCAUUGGUGCACGAGAAUGAAUUGGAUACUGAUUGGGAUGAUCUUCAUCCUGGCAUCUCAUCGUUCGCGAGACCCAUCGGAAUGCUGUGGCACAUUAAAUACCUUCCUGGCGCUGGCUACCCCAGUCCCACCUCAAGGCUCGGCCGUGAGUAUAAAUUCAUACAUCCGCCACUGGGAGGCCGCCAAAUACGACAGAUCCGAACUCGAAGUAGCUCACCGUCACCACGAGCUUCAUCGUCGCAGACGUCGAGAUGUGGGCUACGAUUCGUCGAAACCCGAUUAUGGUCCUGGGCAAACAAUCAGAUUGCGUUUCUCAGCUCAUGAUAGGGAAUUUCGGUUGCUACUACACGAAGAUCCCCAGUCUAUAUUUAGCCCUAAUGUUGAAAUUGAGAACACUCUAGGACCAUUAGAUUUUGACGUGUCUCGCAUUUAUAGUGGCACUCUCGAAGAUGAUGAAAACUCUCACGUACAUGGUAUUUUGACGUCGGAUAAUCUGUUUGAUGGGACAAUUUCCACAAACGUUGAGACUUUCUAUGUGGAACCAGCACUGAAAUACUCAAAGGCCUUAGAUGAUGCUGGAAUUCAUUCAAUAGUGUACAAAUUGAGUGAUGUUAAGAGCCAUCCGUCACUUAAUGCUCAGCACUGUGCCAGUGAAAAGUUCCAUCGAAAACAUGUACUCAACAGUAACUCUAGUGGUGAGCGGAAGCGUGCUAAGCGGUGGCUCCCGGAAGAGCUGUCAGAGAGUCAAAAUCCACCACUACCAUUAGAUCUCGACGUGCCGUACAACGAUGACUUCAGCAUCAUAAAUCGCAACAAUAAUCGAAAUGACGACGACAAAGGCAGCAAUGCUGGUGGAAUCAUUUCCCGUACCAAAUCGAAUCGGCAAAAUAUUCUUGUCGGCAACUACAAUCCCAACAGUGACUUCAAUCUCCGGAACACGUUUGGCAAUCGCAAUAUAAUAGUUAGCAGUUUUGACAAUUCAAAAGUGCCAACAACGAUACCAUCGAACUCCUCGAGACCCAGCCACAAGACCCAUGUGGAAAUCAUCACGAAGAAUGGUGCCACGAAAAAGCCAAAUAUUAUUGUGAAUAAUUACAAUCCCGAUGUGAUAUUGACGCAUAACAACUACAACAACUACAUUCACCUAAAUGUUAAGAAUGAACUACUUGAACAGUCCAAAUCGGCAUAUGAUAAGAAAAGCACGUGCAUGCUAUACCUCCAGGCGGAUCACACGUUCUUCCAGAAGAUGGGCUCCGACGAGGCCAGUAUUGAGGCCAUCACACGCCAUGUACAACGUGCCAAUAUUAUCUACAAAAAUACAGAUUUCAACGGUGAUGGAAAGGCAGACAAUAUCACAUUCAUGAUUAAGCGAAUAAAAGUCCACAACAUGAAUGCACUGAAGGAUCCCACAUAUCGUUUCCCAGGGAAUUAUGGUGUCGAGAAAUUUCUUGAACUCUUUUCAGAGGAAGACUAUGAUGCUUUCUGUCUGGCGUACAUGUUCACUUAUCGGGAUUUUGAAAUGGGAACUCUUGGUUUGGCGUGGACGGGUGAUCUCAAAAAUGCUGGCGGAGUCUGCGAGAAAAAUGGGCACUACCGUGGUUCAUUGAAGUCACUGAACACAGGAAUUGUGACACUACUGAAUUAUGGGAAGCACGUUCCACCCGCUGUAUCCCACGUCACACUAGCCCAUGAAAUUGGCCACAAUUUUGGGUCUCCGCAUGAUCCGGAACAAUGUACACCCGGUGGUGAGGAUGGCAACUAUAUUAUGUUUGCAAGAGCCACAUCCGGCGAUAAGCGGAAUAACAAUAAAUUCUCACCAUGCUCAUUGAAGGCCAUAGAGCCAGUGCUGAAUGCAAAAGCGCGUAGUGCCAAAGGGUGCUUCACGGAGCCACAACGAUCAAUCUGUGGCAAUGGUGUUGUUGAAGAUGGUGAAGAAUGUGAUUGUGGGUGGGAAGAAGAUUGCAAGGAUAAGUGCUGUUAUCCAAUGUCACGGCAUCCUAGCAUAGAUGAAAAGCCGUGCACACUCACACCGCGUGCACUGUGCAGUCCAUCGCAGGGUCCAUGUUGCACCGUUGGAUGCACACUGAAAUUCGGCGAUAAGUGCCGUGAUGACAAUGGCUGCCGUGAUCCCAGCUUCUGUGAUGGGCGUAUGCCCCAGUGCCCGCCAUCGGUGAAUAAACCGAACAAGACAAUCUGCAAUAAGGAGUUUGUGUGCUACAUGGGCGAGUGCACGGGAUCCAUUUGCCUGGCGUACGGCCUGGAGUCGUGUCAGUGCAUUCCGGGUCCAUCGGAUCCCACAACAAAAUCAUGUGAAUUGUGCUGUAAAAAGCCAGGGGAGAGUAGCCCCUGCAAAAGUUCCUUUCUCUGGAAUGAACCGCCUUACGAUGUUCCUGAUAUGUUUGCUAAACCAGGAACACCCUGCAAUGAUUACAAUGGAUACUGCGAUGUGUUCCAAAAGUGCAGGGAAGUGGAUCCAUCCGGACCACUGGCUACACUGCGAAAACUCCUCCUAUCCGACGAGAGUAUAGCUUCAUUCAAAAAAUGGGUCCAAACCAAUUGGUACACCGUAGUUCUCAUCAUUAUUGCAAUUUUGGUGCUACUGGUGCUGAGUACGAAGCUGCUGGGGAAGAAAUCAAAUCUGAAGCUGAAGACAGUGACAAUAAUACACAGUGCGACAACGGAGACGGUUCGAUUGCCCGAGGACAACAACGGUGUGAUUGUUCACACAGCAGUGAGAACGAAGGUGCCACUGAAGAAGAAGGUGCGCGGGGAGCGCUCCAAGAAGUCAAAGUUAACAAAUCAAGUUGGGGAUGGGCAACCGUCGACGAGUCAGAAGACAAAGCCGGGCAAGAGGGUGCUGAAGGCGAGUCGAGAGAGCCCCAAAAAGUUGAGUAAAGGAAAGAAGAAGACACGGGUAUCGGCACCUGUUGUGGCGGAGGAGCAACAGCAGAAGCCACUAGUCACGGAGCCCACACUCUCCCUCAAGAGCACAAAACGGCUGAAGAAGGACAAGAAGAAGCACAAGGAAAUCAUUGAUUACAGCAAUCGGACGGAGAAUCACAGCAAUACCUUCAGCAAGGUGCACAAGUGGUUGCUGGAGUCGCCAGUUGCUGCCCAGCCGGUCAAUCAGGUUGAGCACAGUGGGAAAAUGGCGAAUCUCAUGAGUAAGAGCCAAUCAACCCCAGAACGUCUCACUCAGCGAUCACCGAUGAAGACCAAAUCAGUGGGGAAUCUCAAUGAUAAAGUGAAACUUCAGGUUGUCUACAAGCCACCGUUCAAGUUUAGUCUGAAACUAUCAAAGAAUGCUUCCGUGAAAACGCAUGUGAUUGCAAAUCGGGUGAGUCGCAAUGCAAGAAAAAUCGUUGGAAGAGCUGAUAAGAAACGCGUUGGGGUACUCAAUGUUGAUCCGGAGACAAGUAGAAGACGCACUGCCUUGCUCAUUCGAACCACAGAGGAUGCAGCAAAGGAGGAGGAUACUGUGGCAAAGACUUCCGCAAUUACACCGACUGAGCCCAAUUAUGAGACUGUCGAGGGUGGGGAAGUGCCGGUGUAUGAGAAUGUGAAUGCAGGCAUAAAUACAGCAACAUUCCGCGUGUCGAGGAGCUCAAGUGGUGGCCACAUGACGAACAGCCUUAAUCGCACCAGUAGUCACAAAUCUCAGUCAAUUGGUGGCUCUAGCGGAAGUAACACAAUGGAGACAACAAUGCGAAGUCGCGGUAGAUCUAGUGGGAUGCGUGGGAGUACCACGAAUCUCAGUACGAAGGAUUGGCAUGGGAGUGGGAAUAGUUUAGCGCGUCAUCCGCGUGAGGGGCUUAUGCGAUCAAGUACGACAAAUCUCGCAACGAGAUGCCGUGAAGAGGGGAGCUUGGGGCGCGAAAGGACUCAUAGGCAUUCCAAUGGGAAUCUCAAUGAUGAGGGUGCCAGUGGGGCGAAGAGAAGUCGCAAGAAUAGUAGUGCCAGUGUAGCGAAGGUGCCUAUCUCACGCACUGCCAGCAAUAGCAAUUUAAAAAUUCCCUCGCUACGGCGUGGAAGUAUUGGGAAUAUUCCCCGGGCGAGUCUCAAUGCCAGCUACACGAGGCAGAAUUCCCUACAAGCCCCACGGGCUGCACCCUCGGGAGGUGGCUCGGGGAGACCACAUACAAGUGGCUGUGAGGACGUGACACCCUUUGAGUGGCCAUCUGCACUGUCGACGAGUGCCAAGCAGGCGCGCGAGGAGCCCCUGCCAUCGGAUCUGGAGGUGAUGUGCUCCGAUGUGGAGAAUCUCGUGCACGAUCGAUAGAGUUGUCUGUCAAUUAAGCGCGCAUCGGGUGAGUGGAAGAGAGAGAGUGAGGGAGGGAGGGUGGAGAAGGAGCCAGGCAAUUCCCCCAUGUCAAUUGCUAGAAAUUGACUGCAAAGUCUGAUAAUCCCCAAUGGAGCCCAAUCAUUUAGGGGCACCGAGGAAAAUGAAUAGGUUUUGUGUAUUUGCGGACACUCUGCUGGGUGGAAUGACGCAGAGAUUUAUGUGAGAGAGCGAGAGUGGGUGAGUGUUGUGUCCCCCGAAGUGGGAAUUAUUGCUCUAAAUUGCUAUUUUCCCGCUCCAUCACUAAAGUAUUUGAUGGUGGUGGAGAGACCAUGGAAUGAUAAGGAGGCUUUCCUGACAAUCCAAUCUUCUCCACACCACAGUGAUUGUGCUGGAAAUUAAUAUUGAGUGUGUUUUCUUUUCCUUUUUUUUCUUUCAUUGAAGACGGCGGAUAAAAUAAGGAAAUUCUUGCAAAUGUGCCAAUUCAUUUCUAUUCCAACUUCUUCCAUUAGUCCCGUGUACUUAAUUUUUUUGCGCCUUUUUUUACUUUGGAUAUUAUGUAAGUAAGAAGAAAAUGAGAAAGUUAGUGAACAAGAAAACAAACACUCAGUCUCAAAUGAAAGAACCUGGAUGUUUUAAUAUACAUAACAUAGGAUGCUCAGGUAAAAUCUCUUGCCCAAAAUCUUGCGAUAAAUUCCUUAUUCCUUGUCACAAAAUUUUCAUUCCAUACAAAAUUACUCAAGAUCCUCAAGAUAUACUCAAAAAAAUCUUUUUUUAAAUAAAAUUAUAGAAAAUAAUUUUUAUCAAUGUGUAAGAAAAGUAAGAAAAGGAUUUUCUUUAUUAGAUAAUUUUGCAAAUUUUUCAUCUUUAGGCUUAAGUUAGUGUUUCCUUAUCUUUCCUUGUGAGACUUUAAAAAAAAAAAUUUUAAAGUGUUGUGAAUCUCCCGAGUUUUCCAUGAAAAACAAUGACCUUCCGAUAUUUUUUUUUUAAAAAGUUUGAAAUUUUCUAUUAAUUUUGUUAAAAUUCUUCUAGGGGUAGAUUCUGAUAAAAAUCUUUUCUUUUCUUUUCUAACAAUUUAAAAGUUUUUUGAAAGAUUUUGACAGAUGGACGAAGAACUCCAUCUGUAAGAUUUAAGAAAAUCGUUCUGUUAUCAUUCUAUAAGAGACAAAGAAAGAAUUAGUUGUUCCAGAAAACAGUAAGAAAGAACUUUAAGAAGUCCUAGAAAAGUAAUUUUCCUUCAGAAACCUGUUUAAAGAAAGAAAUAAAAUGUCAAAAUCUUAUAAGAUUUUUUUCCCAGAAUACGAAAAAUCAUAUAACUGACGAAUUGUAAUGAAAGAAAAGAAAAGGUUCGGAUUAGAAUCUACCACUAUUUUAAUACUUAAAUAUUUUUAAGGAUACUUUCGAACAAACUUUUGUGAUUUUCUUGCGUCCAUCAAUUCUUUUUUUUAAACCUUCGUAUAUUGAAGCUAAUGUGAUAAUUUAAUCUCAUUUUUUUUACUCAAACUUUGUACUUAUGAUCAAAUUUUUAUGAAAUAUCCAGGUUCUUUCAACGUGACCAUAUCAAUAAGUUACUAUAAAAAAUAUAAAUUUAUUAAUUUUAUCAUAAAUUUAGGCAUUAAAUAAAAACUUAUACGGUAGAGAGUUUAAUUAUAAAAAAAAAUAGAAGAAAAUGGUUAAGAAUUGUAACGAGAGUUAGAUUAAUGUGUGGGUGAAAUGGGCGACAGUGAAAGUGAAAUAACAUUGUUAUAUUUCCAUCAGGGAAUUAACGAAUUAGCCAAUAAAUAUACAUAAUAUAAUAAAUUUAUCUCAUAGUAUUGAUUGUACAUAAUAACGAAGCCUAAAAACCUAAAAAAAAAUAUCACAUAGAAAAGGAAUAAACCAAUAAUGACGCUUUGACUGUAAUAAAAAUUUAAAAAAAAUAUUGAAAAAUGGAAUAUGAAGAAAAAAAUAAUGUAAAAAUAACAAAUUUUAGGUAUAAAAAUUAAUAAAAACUAAAAAAAAAGAAAAACAUUCCAAUUUCAUUUCAGCACAUAGUUUAACGUAAUUAUAUAGGUACAUUUUAUUGCAUUGUGCUAUUUCCAACGAUUUGAGUAAAUAAUAAAAUUGUUUAAUGUGCCUAGUCCAUUCUUCGAAAAAAAAAAAAAUAAACACAGUUCUUAUAAAAAAUGCAUAAAUUGUCCUCAUUUUUUGAGGUACAAAAAAAGUCAUUUUCUCUCACUUUGUCGAUGUGUAUUAUCCAAAUUGAGAUAAAUACUCAAAAAAAAGCUUCCAAAAUCUUUUGAAGAAAAAAAUAUAUAAAAAGAGAUAUUUUUAAAGAAGAAAAAACAUAAAUAGACCUAUUGUGAACACUCCUAAAGCAAAAAGAAAAUUAUAUUUCACGAAAAUCAAAAAAUGAGUUAUUCGUGGAAAGAUAACACACAAACUGCAGAUUGUAAAAUAUUAAAAGAAAAAAGAUAUUGCUAUAUACACAUAAUGAAUAUAUUUUUAAUCGUUCCCUCUAUGAAAAAAUACACCUACCGAGCCAAAAAAAAUGUAAGAUGAAAAAUCUCUAUCACCGAUCUUGAUGACGUGAAACAUCUGAAAAAAAGUAUUAAGAUUAUCGCACUGUAUUUUAGUAAGUUGUUCAACAAGUAAAGCUACUACACGCCUUGCUAAAAAAUUUUCCAUGAGAAGCGAAAUGUUGAGAGAAAGCUAUAAGAAAAUAAGAAAAAAAAGAUUAAUCGAGGUAAGAAGCGAUAUGGAUAGAAUCCUUCAAUACUUCUUUGAUCAGAACUUUCAAUCUUUAGGCGUCUUCUUUUUAUUAAUUGUUUUCUUGAAUGUUUUUGAGAUCAGAUGAACUUAACCCUUGCAGGUCCAUUGGGUUAUACGCUGACCCAAAGAGUCGAUUUUAAAAUAAUGUUUCAUUUUGUAAUAUUUUUUCAAACCUAUUAAUUUUUUAUUUUGAGUUCAAAUUAGUACAAGACUAUGUAUUUACAAUCCCUGAUCACUUUAUGACCACAAAAAGACAUCCCCAAGGACUCUCAGGAUCAGGAAGGACGAAAAACCGAAGAUUUUUGAGUUGGAAUUUUUUGCCAAAGUUCAAAAGAGCCCUCAAAAAAUUAUUUUUAGUUCGAUCAGCUCGCUAUGGAUUGAUCGUGGAUCUGAAAGGAUUAAUUUCGAUCAAAAAUAUUUUUUUACCUUUUUAGAUAAAAAAAAAUGACAAAUGGGAAACUUCCGUACAAUUUAAUUGCAAAGAUGCAAUGAAAAUAAUCAAAAAAAAAUUCAAUAAAUUAAAUUUUCUAAAAAAAAAUCGAAUUUCUAAGUUUUGAAUGCUCUGUGCAACAAUACUAAAUGCAUUAAGAAACUCACUAUUGAAGGAUUCUGUCCUUAUUGCUGGAAAAAAGUAAUUAAUUCUCAUUUGACAAGACUAUGACGAGAAUCUCCAGUUUUUUUAUACCAGUGAACAAUUUUUUUCUCAAAGAAAUAAAAUACAUUCAGAUUGAUUUAAAAGACAUUUAAAGAAGUAUUUGAAGAUAAAAAAUUAUAUGAUCAAUUCAGCAGAGAUACAAAAACGAAAACAUAACGAUAACUUGUACUUUUGUAAUACUAAUAAAUGGAAUUAAUAUAUUGAAAAUA